CUUCAAUUUCCCAUACGGCAUCACUGAUUAGGUCCCACAUCAAAGUUGCAUCAACACCCGCAGUCAGGACUUAUAUUCACAUUACUAUGAUCGCACCGAAACUUUGUGCAGAGCAGAUAUCGAUGGUGGGCAGACUGCCCGUUAUCAACGCGGACGUGAAGGAACCGCCUACCACUUUCAUCCUUCUCCCUUCUGAGUUACUGGUAGAAAUCCUUCGUCAUCUAGACUGUCGGUCUAUAUUGCGAUGCUCCUCCGUCUGUCACGAAUUGAACAGGAUAAUCGAUUCCUCCACAGAGCUCCAGUAUCAUAUCGAGCUUGGCCUCGAUUGUAUGGUCGAUGGCCCUCCGAGCACCGUCACAGUUGCUGAGCGUUUGGAACAACUGCUUAAUCUUCGUCGUGCGUGGACUCUAUUUGAGUGGAAGAAAGAGGUUCGCGUACCCAUGCCUGGUUUCUGCCAGGCAUACGAGCUCGUAGGAGGCGUAUUCGCAAAGACGUCGUCUUCUGGGGGCAUUCACAACCAUACCGGUUCUCGAACCUUCAUCUCCACCUGGCUACCAUCCUCGUCCGAUCCUGGUCGCACGCUGGUCCGGACCGACAUAGGGAUCUCAACGAGAGACUUCGCCAUCGAUCCAUCACAAGACCUCAUCGCUCUUGUCAAAACUGAUGACGACCACGCAAAUGAUUCUGGCUACUUGGAGGUAUAUAUCCGCACAAUCUCCUCCAACGUCCAGCACCCCGAAGCGGCAUCUCAUGUUCUGCGCACCCUCACCGCGUUCCCCAUGACCAAUGCAUUUGUACAGAUCGUAGAAGAUGUGGUUGGGAUGAUGUUUUGGAUGGAGCUCGAAGGCCCUCGCAUCAUCAUCUGGAACUGGAAGACUUCGCAAAUGCUCGUGGACCGUGACGGCGAUCACUUGCCUAGCCAUAUCAGCGACUUUUCCUUUAUUUCCAACCGUGCGUACAUGGUGACGCGCGGGAUAGAUGGGGGCUCGAUCCAAGUAUUCACAUUUGGCGAGGACGAGCACGAAGUCACCCAGGUUGCGAGUCUAGCGCUGCCUCCCUUGAAGUCCCGCACCCAUAUCGUACACAGCGGAAUUCAUACCGGUCCCUUCGUGGCAAAAUGCUCUCCAGACGCGCCUUUCUGGCCCAAUCAGGAGGAGCGGAUGUACGUUCUAUCCGUGCAAUAUAUCCAGGUAGACCCGGAGGUCCCUAGCGCUAGGCCAAGAUUCUUUCUCUUCUUCAAGAACAGCACUCCUCUCAAAUAUGUACGGAAAUACCGCGAACAAAGAGAAACAAGCCCCAUCGAGGUGCCUUGGGAGGAAUGGGGCCCGCACGAGACCCGCAUGCUCCAUCAUCAAGUUCCGUAUCAGUGGUUAAGAUAUGUUCAUGGCCAUCGAGUAGUCUUUCCGGUACUAUCCGGCAACAUGCAAGUCUUCGACUUCAACGUACCCAAAACCAAGCGGCAUGUCUUGGCUCCGCAGCCAGACUCGAGCGCCAGUAUUGAGAUCGUUGAUUACCCCUCCAUCAUCUCGUCGGACAUCAUUUUCCCGGGGCCUGUCGAGACGAGCCUGCCCUAUCGCGUUUGUCAAAGGGACGAGCUGAAAGGCUUCUCGGGCGUCAUGAUUGAUGAACGGAGAUUAAUUGGUUUGAGGAGCCCUUCGUUUGCUGAUGGUGACAUGAAGGAUCUAUAUGUUUUCGCGUUUUGAUCGUUGUUGUACAUUGUGUUUUAACAAGAUAAGACUUAUUCAUAAGUAUCUCGUUACCAGAUGGAGAUUACUGCAGAGAUUGUAUAGUAUGCAGUGAAAAUUUUACUAGUCCCUUGCGGUUUGAUGGGGAUCUUAC